GGUGUGCCACUGAAUAUAAAGAGGAAGGAUGGGAGGCUGAGCGCACAGGACUGAGAGGUGAAGACAGGUGUGGCUUUAAGAUGAAUCAACUUGUGGUUAUCGUUGCGACACUCUUUGUCCCCACUACAUACGGUGCUGCAGGCGGUUUGUGGUGUUACCAUGAUCCUAGUUGUGAUGACACCACCUGGUCCACCAUUGCCAGUGAACAUUGCAACGGAUCCCGUCAGUCUCCCAUCAACAUCGCCUCUGCAUCAGCAGUGGGCGAUGAAACCCUGACUGCCUUCAACUUCACCAAAUACGGAGACAACUCUACAAUGAAGAAUAUCAAGAACACUGGCAAAACUGUCAAAGUGGAACUGACAAGUGGCGUCCAGGUUACAGGUGGGGCCCUGUCUGAGGCCUAUGACAGCCUGCAGUUUCACCUCCACUGGGGGAAUGGUACCUCAGUACCUGGGUCGGAGCACACAGUGGAUGGAACCCGCUACCCCAUGGAGUUGCACAUAGUAAAUGCAAAGUCUUCACACAACGGUAACACGACCACGGCCGUUGCAGACAGCACGGGACUCGCUGCUCUUGGCUUCUUCAUAGAGGCCAUGCCGGGUAAUGCAACUGGUUCACCAGCAGCCUGGAAUACUCUGACAUCCUACUUGGCCAACAUCACACUAAAGGAUGAUAUUGUGAACAUUACUCGUGCUAUUUCAUUGGAUGAGCUCCUGGAAGGGGUGGACCGUACCAAAUACUACCGUUACCUUGGCUCCCUGACUACUCCAAAUUGCAACGAGGCUGUGGUUUGGACCGUGUUCAAGGACCCUAUCAAAGUCAGCCAGGACUUGAUUGAUCUCUUCAGUACAACAUUGCACAUUGACCACAACUCCACCUCUGCCUUGAUGACCAAUGUCUUCAGGAGCAUCCAGCCGUUCAAUGACUGGGUGGUGACGACCCAGAGCCGUCCAGCUUCGGGAGCCUCCACAAUGUGCUCCUCUCUGGGCCUCAUGGCCCUGGCCUGGAUGCUGCUGAGGGUUUAGUGAUGGCGAAAUACUCCUUACCUGAAGUGCAUUGCCAUAUCUCCAUGAACCCUCAAUCUACCAACAUAUUUUCCUUAUAUCGAUUACCAACAAGGGUCAUCUUGACCCCAAGAAGAAACUUUUGGAAUAAGCAACAAUCAUAGCGAAAUGUGCCCAGUGGAUAAAGCCAUUAUUUAUUUUCGAAACAUAAUUAUUUAGAAAUGUAAUGAAUGUUAUCUGAUAUAAAAUAACCUAAGCAAACUGUUUUUUUUUCAAAAAGAAAACAAUGUUUUUCCUGUAUAUAAUGGGCAGCUUGAGUACAAUCAACCUUAGUACAAACAUCAUAUUUAUCAUCAUUUGAUUAAAGUAUCACUUAGUUUUCAGAAUUUUGCAGUAAAUAUUAAUGUUGUCAUAUGAAUAUUGUAAAAAUGACUGCCAUUUAAAAAGGUUGUUCAAUUCACUUUUAAAAGAGACAUUGACACAAAAUAUGACUUAGUGUUCUUUUUUUCCUAACUCCACAUGAGCAUCGCUGCUGGUGAAACAAUGGGAGUGGUAGGGGCUAUUGGCAACAUGCUUCAAAAUACAUGACACAAUCCUUUAAGUCACUUCCGAUCAAAACGGUAUAGCACCUACAAUGUUUUAAGUUGCACAUAUAUAAUACUGAGGAAGAAAGGAAUUCAGGUAUUCAUUUAACAUUUUCAGUAGAAUAAAAACAUCUCUGAGAAUACACACCAAUAGAAACUGUGUACAUUCCGAGUAUAGCUGGUUUCUGUAUUACAGUUCCUCCAAGUACUCAGACCACCGACAGACUUUAAUGACUUGGUUUGAUUGCAACUAAGCACACAUCCAAGGUAGUAUUGAUUUUGAUGGGGAUUUUUUAUUGUUAUGCUAAUUCAAUUUCUAAGGGCCUUUGGAGAAAUAGCAUCCACACAUGCGGCUUCAUCUCGAUGUACUUUUCAAUUUUAGGCUUUUCAAAUAUAUUCCCUUCUCCUUUCUCUUGUUUAUAAUAUGGCUAUAUUCCCAAUAAUAUUCCUUUAUACAAUGAAGCUUUUACAUGUAUAUUUCUGUCUUUAUAAUAAUAGUAAUAAUAAACAUGUAGAAUGCAUUUCCCAUGCUCAA